UACCCUUUACUAUUAAGCCGAUGGAGAAAGAAAUGGAAUUUGUGGUCCUUCAUACAUAUUCUUCUACUCUUGGAGGAUUUUAAUUUCCUUCAAUAAAUCUUCACCUUCUUCUUCAAUUCUUCUCCGCCCAAUCCCUCCAUCUCUUGCUUGCUUCACAACAUCAUGGACUCAGGCAAAGCUGAGGGAAAGAGAAUGAAAGACCAGCUGGUGGCGGAGGAGGAGGAAGAAGAUGAAGAAGAAGAUGGAAUCAGUGGGGGGAUAGCAACUGCCGGUGUUGGUGAGGAUGAUAGUAAGAAGAAGAAAGGAAAGAAAGGAGCUGCGGCCAGUGGCGGAGGGUCUUCGACUUCCGUUUCUUGUCAGGUGGAUAACUGUACGGCGGACAUGACCGAUGCCAAGCGUUACCAUAGACGCCAUAAAGUCUGUGAAUUCCAUGCUAAGGCUUCUGCCGCUCCACUAAAUGGUCUUCAACAACGUUUUUGCCAGCAAUGUAGCAGGUUCCAUGAGCUAUCGGAGUUUGAUGAAACAAAAAGGAGUUGUCGAAGGCGUUUGGCUGGACACAACGAGCGGCGCCGGAAAAGCUCAUUUGACUGUCAUGGAGAAGGCUCCAACUAGAGAAGAACUACACACCUAGAAUCAUGCAUGAAUGCAGAGAAAUGAAAGAAGAUUUUACUAAAUAACUUUCCCGUCGGCACUAAGUCCUACCAUCAUAAUCACUUACUUCAUCAGUUAAGGUCUAAUGCUAUAUCAUUUCUCUUGGAUGCUCUCUCUCUUCUGUCAACAAUAAUGUCAUCUUUCUAUCAUGAUGCACCAAUUGAUAUAUUGGUGCCCUUAUUAUUAUUAUCUCAAGCUAUCAUGUUAUGCAUAUUUGGCUAAACUUCCAAGUUAUAUUGGUAUAUUUUGCUGCUGCCUUUUUUCCCACCA